AUGAGUCUCAGGAUAACGACCAGAACGGUCACGCGCAGCCACGUUGCUGGUACCAUUUGCGGCCAGACCUUCGGUGUCGCUAAGUCUGCCAAUGUUGUCGCCGUCAAGGUUCUCGACGGCACUGGUGCCGGCUCCAACGCCGGUGUUCUCGACGGCCUGCAAUUCAUCAUCAACGACGUCCAGCAGAAGAACCUCCGCGGCAAGGCCGUCAUGAACAUGUCUCUCGGCGGCCCUCAGUCGGCGGCCGUUAACCGCGCUGUGCAGGCCCUCUUCGACGCCGGUGUCGUCCCCGUCGUGGCUGCCGGUAACGAGAACCAGGACGCUGCCAACACGUCGCCUGCCUCAGCGCCCCAGGCCAUCACGGUUGGUGCUAUUGACGCCUCCAACGACCAGAAGGCCUCUUUCUCCAACUUUGGCGCCGAUGUCGACAUCUUCGCCCCCGGCGUCGACGUCCUCUCUGUCGGCAUCACAUCCAACACGGCCACCGACACCCUGUCCGGCACCUCCAUGGCCUCGCCCCACGUCGCCGGCCUCGCCGCUUACCUGAUCGCUCUCGAGAACAUCAACACCCCCGAGGCCGUCGCCUCACGUCUCACCGAGCUCGCCACCGCCUCGGGCGCUCAGGUCCGCGGAAACACCCCCGGUACCACCAACCUCAUUGCCAACAACGGCCAGCUCUAG